CGGGCAGGGGGCGGCUCAGACGCGCGCCGAGCCUCACCGGGGUCGAAGGCGGGAGGCUGCGGGCGGCGGUCUAUGCCGGGCCCCGGGACUGCUGCAGCCAGAACUCCUAGCCACCGCCCAAUCCUCUGCAACAUGCCUGCCGCCGCCGGGCCCUGGCCCCGCUGAGCGCCCCCGCUGUGGAUCUAAUGUCUCCGUGAAGGUGCUGCGGCCGCCGCUUCGGCUUUGCCCCGGGAGGAGCAUCCGGCUGCGGUAGGAUUUUCUCCCCGUCUCGAAAGCCCAGCAGAGACACCAGCUGCACCACCGGCCUGCGCCCACUCUGGGAAGAUGGGAAGCAAGGCUCUGCCAGCCCCCAUCCCACUGCACCCGUCCCUCCAACUCACCAACUACUCCUUCCUCCAGGCUGUGAACACCUUCCCUGCAGCUGUGGACCAGUUGCAAGGCUUGUAUGGACUCAGCGCCGUGCAAACCAUGCACAUGAACCAUUGGACACUGGGCUACCCCAAUGUGCAUGAAAUCACCCGCUCCACCAUCACGGAGAUGGCGGCCGCCCAGGGCUUGGUGGACUCCCGCUUUACUUUCCCUGCGCUCCCUUUCGCCACGCACCUCUUCCACCCCAAGCAAGGCGGCAUCGCCCACGUCCUCCCAGCUUUGCACAAGGACAGGCCACGCUUUGACUUUGCCAACCUGGCCGUAGCCGCCACGCAGGAGGACCCCCCCAAGGUGGGGGAGCUUGCCAAGCUGAGCCCCGGACUAGCCUCCCCUCUGUCGGGCAUCAGCAAGCUGUCCCCGGACAGGAAGCCUUCCCGCGGGCGCCUGCCCUCCAAGACAAAAAAGGAGUUCAUCUGCAAGUUCUGCGGCAGGCACUUCACCAAGUCCUACAACCUCCUCAUCCACGAGCGGACCCACACGGACGAGCGGCCCUACACCUGCGACAUCUGCCACAAGGCUUUCCGGAGGCAGGACCACCUGCGAGACCACCGGUACAUCCAUUCCAAAGAGAAACCCUUCAAGUGCCAGGAGUGCGGGAAGGGCUUCUGCCAGUCCAGGACCCUGGCGGUCCACAAAACCCUCCACAUGCAGGAAUCUCCACACAAAUGCCCCACAUGUGGAAGAACCUUUAAUCAAAGAAGUAACCUGAAAACUCACCUUCUUACCCAUACAGACAUCAAGCCCUACAACUGUGAGCAGUGCGGCAAAGUGUUCAGGCGAAACUGUGAUCUACGGCGGCACAGUCUAACUCACACCCCGCGGCAGGACUUCUAGAGCAGCCAAGCACCCGCACCCGCUCCGGCAGCUCCCACUUGCCCAUUUUACUCAAGGACUGUGCUGUAGGAGCUCACAGACACACACACGCACACAGGCCAAGACACACUGGCAGACUCGGGGCCAAGCUUUCCUACCACGUCUGCGAAAAUUGUUUAGAGAGUGCGGGCUGCAGGAUCGGGCCCCUCUCCACCCUACACCCAGGCUGUCAAGCUCAUCCUGUAGAUACUUGCGGCUCAUUUUAGAGCUCUGUACAGAACGUGGUUUUCUUCCUUCGUUUGUUUCGUAUCGUCGUGGUCAGAUGCGCAUCGAUAACAAAUCGGGGAGGCAAAGUAUCUCUUCAAAGUGUAUUUCAAAAUAAAUCCUUUUUGUUUUCCAAA